UGUAUCCUCUAUACAGUAUCCAUUUGCAAACUGAGUGAGUUUAGAGUGCUCUUCAAGAGAGUAUCUCUCAACAACUGCAAGCAAAGUCUGCUGGCAUGUGAAACAAGUUAGGGCGGUUUGUUUGAUCAUCACCGUUCGUCUUAAACCACUUGUUGUAGUUGUUGUUGUUCUUCAUCAUGAAGAAUUCAAACAACCCCAUCUCUGUGACUAUGAAAUCAGAACAAAAGCAUUUCCUAACCCACCUCAUUUUGGAAUUCAUAUGGCUGGCCAACCCUUCAAAACUUGACUUAGCUGAGAACCCAAAAGCAGAGCCUGAAGAGAAAUCACAGUUUGCUUUACCAACACUCUCUGAGAUUGUCACUGAAACCAAAUCACUCAUCACCCUCGCCUUCCCUAAUAUUCUCACUGGGCUCAUUCUCUACUCUCGCUCUAUCCUCUCCAUGCUCUUCCUUGGCCACCUCGGUGACCUCGAACUCGCCGCUGGGUCACUCGCCAUAGCUUUCGCUAACAUAACCGGCUAUUCCGUACUAUCAGGCUUAGCUCUAGGCAUGGAACCCCUCUGUUCUCAGGCUUUCGGAGCAAACCGUCCAAAGCUUCUCUCUAUAACCCUUCACCGUACAGUGAUUUUCCUCUUAGUGUUUUCAAUACCCAUUUCGUUUCUGUGGUUCAACAUGUCAAAAAUCCUUCUUUUUCUACACCAAGACCCAAAUAUCACUCACAUGGCACACACCUACCUCAUCUUCUCUCUCCCUGACCUUUUCACAAACUCUUUCAUUCACCCAAUCCGCAUUUACCUUCGAGCUCAAGGAAUCACUCACCCAGUGACGUUAGCCACACUCGCUGGCACUGUUUUUCUCUUACCCAUGAACUUUUUACUCGUUUCCCAUUACAAACUCGGCGUGGCUGGCGUAGCGGCUUCCUCAGCUUUCUCCAACCUCUUCGCCCUCUUAUCAGUUGUAUUAUAUGUAUGGGCCAAAGGGCUUCACGAGCCAACUUGGACAGCGCCAAGCCGAGAGUGUUUCAAAGGAUGGAAGCCACUAGCUCGGCUAGCGGCGCCGAGCUGUGUCUCAGUUUGCUUAGAAUGGUGGUGGUACGAGAUCAUGAUCGUUUUGUGUGGGUUAUUAGUGAACCCAAAAGCGACGGUGGCAUCAAUGGGGGUAUUGAUCCAAACGACGGCGUUUAUAUACGUUUUCCCAUCAUCGCUGAGUUUCGCGGUGUCGACAAGAGUGGGGAACGAGCUAGGCGGGAACAGACCGUACGGGGCGAAAUUAUCAGCAGUGGUGGCGGUAUUUAUAGCGGCGAUAAUGGGAGUAUCAGCGAUGGUAUUUGCGACAGGGAUGAGGUAUAAGUGGGCGUUGAUGUUUAGUUCAGAGAGAGAGAUCCUAGAGUUGACAGCAGCAGCUUUGCCGAUCCUAGGGCUGUGCGAGCUUGGGAAUUGUCCUCAGACAGUGGGGUGUGGGGUCCUGAGAGGUAGUGCCAGACCCACCACUGCUGCUAAUGUGAACUUGGGUGCUUUUUACUUGGUGGGUAUGCCUGUUGCUGUUGGGCUUGCUUUCUUUUUCUCUGUUGGCUUUUCUGGACUUUGGGUUGGGCUCUUGUCAGCCCAGGUUUGCUGCGCUGGCCUUAUGUUGUAUGUUGUGGGGACCACUGACUGGGAAUUACAAGCUAGGCGGGCCCACUGCCUCACCACCUCCGCCGACGUCGAGGUCGACGACGCUCUUCAUUUUCAAUCCUCCGAUGCCCUUCAUGUUCAUCAAGACCAGCAACUGCCUUUGAUUUCUAUUGCCGUCGCUUCCUCUUUGUGAAUAACCAAGAUUUGUUUCUUUUUUUUCUUCCCAAUAUUGGAGAGAGAGA